AAACACUCAUACUUCGAAAGUCACAUGACAUACGUUAACAAAUUCCUAGUAGUUCACUUUCCUUAUUAGAUAGUUAUGUUCAGUCGUAGCCACGCUGUGUUCGCAUCAACUAGUUACCAUGGAAGAAAAUUCUGCACAAAAUCUGGAAUUGACACAUAAUUAUGUACAUUCAGUACGUUAUAUUAUCCUGGUUAUAUAAACAUAUACAUUAGCUGAUCUAUACAUUUUUUUUUGUAGGCGGAUAGUUUUGAUAUGGAUGAAUUCUUAAUCGGAAAUGAUAUUUUUAAUAAUUCAGCCACCAUUGAUGUAUCGUCAACAGCUCCUGCAAAUCGUAAUGCUGGGAAGGAUAUACGACAGUUGGUAAACAAUUAUAUUGAAGAGCAAAGCAGUCCUACAGAUGAUACGGUUAUUCUGACUCACAAAAAACAUGUGAACAACGAUGAACUGCGCAUAAUUGGAGGUUAUCUACGAAAAGUCAACAGGCUAUGCGAAAAGAAAUUCACCGAAAUUUCAAGAAAAUUAAACAAGGAACGUAAAAGACUUCAAACGCUGAAACAAAAAGAACGUACUCAGUUACAAAAAAUUAAGAGACUGGAGGAAUGUGAGAAAUUUGCAUCCAAAAUGAUUAAGCGUCUGAAAAUAUCUUCAGAUUACUGA